AGCCGAUCCAGCUGGAGGGUUGAUCAGCAAGACAACUGGAACUCGCCUGGGAAGAUAUCAAAAACAUCUGUUCUAUUACUCGAGGAAAAGCCAUCCUCUGAUACAGCGCCACAAUGGAGGACCAUUCAGAGCUACCAGUUGUAGAUCUGAAGAAGGCUCGGGACAAGACACAUAGACUACAAGUAGCUAGAGAGCUUGUUAGAGCUCUGGAGACAGUUGGUUUCCUUUACAUCGAUAACGCUCCAGGAGUAGAUCUGGAGACACUUUUGAAAAACUGCGACACAUUCUUUGCUCUUUCAUCGGCAGAGAAACACAUGAUGGCUAAACACAAAUGGAAUCCACUGAAUAAAAACAAGUACCGUGGCUAUUUCCCUUUACAACCAGGUGAGUCAUCGUACAAGGAAGGGUUUGAGAUAGGAGUUGAGGACUGUCCAUUCAAUGAUCCCGAUAUACAUCCUAUGUUCACUGAGCCUAAUCUCUGGCCCCGCUACAUGGAUGGAUUUGACGAGUUCCUGAGAGAUAUGCAACAGUACUACAAAGCUAUCUUGAACACCGGGACAGAAAUACUGCGAUUGCUGGCUUUGGGAUCAGGAUUAGACGAGUAUUGGUUUGAGUCGAUGUUUCUUCCUGAUACACUGUCAACUCUUCGUCUUCUUCACUACCCACUGCGGUCCUCCAACCCACCAGACACAGCAAAAGAUGGUGACACUGUGCUCUGUUGUUCUGAACAUUCUGAUUCUGGCUUCGUGACCCUCUUGUCGACUUUCCACUAUCGAGGGCUUCAGAUACGCAACCAAAAUGACAAAUGGGUUGACGUGGAACCAAGGCCUAACUCUCUUGUCAUGAACAUAGGGGACAUCUUAUCCAAGACUAGUAAUGGUCGUUUCAAGGCUACAAGACACAGGGUGGUUGAAACAAGUAUGGACCGGUUCUCUGUGCCUUUCUUCUUUGAGCCGAGGUAUGGUGCUGAGAUUGGAGGUAUGAUUCCAUUUGUACAAGACGUGGAGAAGAAACUGGCCGUAACAUCCGCUGACAUGUCGACGGUUGAACCAGGGACGAAAUAUGGACCCUGGCUCAUUGGGAAGAUGCAGCAGUUUCUCGAGUACCGACACAUCCUUACAUCGUUCCCUGUGACAACAGCUGCGUGAAACACUUCUGUAUCUGAUGUACUCAUUGCUGCUAAAUAGCUGCCAUUUACAUGUAUGCAUGACCAGGCGGUAAUUUGAUUGACGAAUGUCAAGUGGUUUGUUCAACAUGCCGAUUAUAGUUUUCUCGGUUUGUGCAAUCUGGUUUUGAUUCAAAAGAGGAUCACUGUUUAUGGAUAAAGAAGUGGUUAUGAUUCAACGGUUGUGAGCAAAAAAUGUCGAGAACUAUUUAGGUGUGUUAUUUUUCAUUAUGUAAUACAUAUCUUUGUCAAGAUUUAAAUUAUUGAUAAUGAAUAAAUCGUUUCUCGC